AUGGUAGCCAAUCAGCUUCUCACUUCAGCUUGUGCAAUUCAGCUUUGAAACCUGGAAGCUGAUUGGUUUCUAUGCAGAGCUGCACCAGAUUUUGCACUCUCCAGUGUUAGUGAAUCAACCCCAGUGUGGACUUGUUGCCCUCCCUGGCAGUAUUCCCAAUGGUAGCUCAGGGUAAAGUUUCAGUACCACAAGCGGUAACCCCGAGCUACACUCGGGCUUACCAUGCGGCACUGCUCCGGGAUCUGUUCUUCACUUACCUUGUCCUGCACUCCCGCGAUGUCCCUCCUGCAGUGUCCCCUGUAAUGUCCUCCGGCGGAUGCCGGCAUCUGUCAUCUGGGUUCCGUCCCCUGCGAGCGUCAGGAUGUACGGGGACGGAACUGGUGGGAAAUUUGAAAAUGACAAAAAUUGACACACUAAAUACACUAAAAUCACAUAGUAUAACAUUCCUGUAUCAAACCAUUUCACAUACA